AUGUCACUAAUAGUUUUUUCAUUAUUCUCUCGCCGCCGAUGCGCGCCUUUCCUCAAUCGCUGAACUUUUUCAGUUCUUUUCCGCAUCCUUGUUCCAUUAUCACGACGAAAAACGUUUUGAAAUAGGGUUAGGGCGAGGCUGUUAUACUUUAUUCGUUGAUAAUGGUGGAUCAGUACAGUCCGCUGCAGUCCAUCUGCUACCAACGCGGUUCGCUUCGCCUUCUCGAUCAGAGAAAACUCCCGCUGGAAACAGUUUAUUUGGAUAUCCUUAAUGCCUCUGAUGGAUGGAAUGCGAUCAGAGACAUGGUAGUUCGUGGUGCUCCUGCAAUUGCAAUAUCAGCAGCUUUAUCUCUAGCUGUUGAAAUUUUUAACCUUGACUUUAGCGGGACUUCUUUGGAUGCAGCUUCCUUCCUUGUCAAGAAAUUGGAAUACCUUGUUUCCAGCCGACCCACUGCUGUAAAUCUUUCAGAUGCAGCUACAAAACUUCAAAACCUUGUGUUAAAAACUGCUGAGACUGCUGCUGAUGCAAAAUUUGUCAUUCAGACAUAUAUUGAUGCCGCAGAAAAUAUGCUCACUGAUGAUGUCAAUACUAACAAAGCCAUCGGCUUUCAUGGAGCAAAUGAUAUACAAUCAAAUCUGAAUGAUUCCAAGAGAAUAUCUAUUUUGACACAUUGUAACACGGGCAGCCUUGCCACUGCUGGGUAUGGUACAGCACUUGGAGUUAUCCGUGCCCUUCAUGCUAAUGGAACUCUAGAGACAGCAUUCUGUACUGAAACACGGCCUUUUAACCAGGGAUCUAGACUCACAGCGUUUGAACUAGUUCAUGAUAAGAUCCCAGCAACAUUGAUAGCGGAUUCAGCGGCAGCUUCAUUGAUGAAAGCCGGGCGGGUUGGUGCUGUUAUAGUUGGGGCUGAUCGCAUUGCUGCAAAUGGUGAUACUGCGAACAAAAUCGGAACAUACAGCCUGGCUCUUUGUGCAUUACACCAUGGGUUGCCAUUUUAUGUGGCAGCUCCAGUAACUUCCAUAGACCUCUCACUUUCAUCUGGAGACCAAAUUCUUAUAGAGGAGAGAUCACCAAAGGAGUUGCUGUGUUCUGAUGGAGGACUUGGGAAGCAAGUGGCUGCCUCAGGGAUUGGUGUCUGGAAUCCUGCAUUUGAUGUUACUCCGGCUAACCUGAUUACUGCUAUAAUAACUGAAAAGGGUGUCAUCAGAAAGGUUUUGGCUGAUGAUUUUAAUAUCAAAGGUUUUAUACAAAAUGCAGCAAAUGGGAAAAAAGAGUAGAGCUCCACCAUCAUGUAGGUUUCUGUUAUAUUUGCAUCUUAAGCUCUAUGCAACUCUCAACAUAAAUAAAUGUAAUUAGGAUGAUUUUGUGGCUUGCAUGACCUUUUCCAUUUUAUAUUUACUCAGAGUAUGCCUCCUUGUGAAGUUUGUGUCCUAUUGCUUUGCAAUCUUACAUUUUGUAUCAUCAAACGAAUGGCAUUGCAGCAAAUAUUUAUUACAAAAUAGCUUAUUAUGA